CAUAAAUUGACUACCUGUCUUUCUCGGGCGCUCUAGGGUUUCUUUCUAGCCUAGGUUUGGCGUCUUCCCGCAAAAGAAAGAAAGAGGCGGUUUCAAAGAUAAAAUAAAAUUUUCCAAUGGUUCUUCAAAACGAUAUCGAUUUGCUCAACCCACCAGCAGAGCUUGAGAAAAGGAAGCAUAAGCUCAAGCGUCUUGUUCAGUCCCCAAACUCUUUUUUUAUGGAUGUUAAGUGCCAGGGCUGCUUCAACAUAACCACUGUUUUCAGUCACUCACAAACUGUUGUGGUUUGUGGGAACUGCCAGACAGUGCUGUGUCAGCCAACAGGGGGUCGUGCCAAGCUUACAGAGGGUUGCUCCUUCAGGAAGAAGAGCGAGUGAAGAUUUCGAUAAUUUACUCUCUUUAUAUCUUUUUUCCCUGUUUGGUAAAUUGUUCUAGAGUUCUUUUUUAGGCAUGACGGUGAUGAAUUGAACAAACUUCUUUUGAUAAAUUUGAUUUUUAAUUGUCUUAGGCUCUCUAUGACUAUAUAUAUUAUAUAAGAUUUUGGAUUUUAUUCAGUGAGAAAGGUUUUGAAUAUCAACCCAGGUCUAUUGUAAUGUA